AUGGCUAAUGCCACUACAGUGGAUGAAUUUCUUUUACUUGGUCUGACCAGCACACAAGAGUUACAAUCUUUCUUUUUUGUGAUUUUCUUUAUUAUUUACCUGAUAAAAUUGGUUGGCAAUGGAGUGAUAGUAGUGAUUGUUAUCUUGGAGCCCAAACUCCACUCCCCUAUGUACUUCUUUCUGGGAAACCUUUCUUGUAUGGAUAUUUGCUAUUCUUAAGUGACUCUGCCCAAGGUGCUCAUAAACCUUCUCUCCUCUUAGAAAAUCAUCUCCUUCUUAGGCUGCAUUGCUCAACUCAAUUUCUUCCAUUUUCUGGGAAACACAGAGGCCAUCUUAUUAGCCAUCAUGGCUUUUGACCGCUUUGUGGCCAUCUGCUACCCCCUGCGCUACAUGCUCAUCAUGAACCACCAGGCGUGUCUUCUGCUAGCAGGUGCAGCUUGGUUGACCAACUUACUUUAUGCCCUGAUGCAUUCAGUCAUGACGGCGCGCCUUGACUUUUGUCACUCUCAGAUAGUCAAUCACUUCUGUGAUGUCAAGCCUCUCUUAGAACUUGCUUGCAACAAUACAUUACUCAAUCAAUGGCUUCUUGCUGUUGUCACAGGCAGCAUAUCCAUGGGGGCCUUCUUCUUAACUCUUCUCUCCUACUUUUAUAUUACUGGCUUCCUUCUCUUUAAGCACCGGUCCUGCAGUGUGCUUCAAAAGGUGGUUCUUUGGCUCCCUGAAGUGGCCAUCUUCAGUUGUGAGCUCUCAAACACUUCUGGCCCGGCUUUAUACGCUUUCCAGGAAUAG